AUGGCUUAUGCUGCUCUUGUCUCACUUGAAAACACCAUACUCCGAUUCCUGAACUCUGAUAUGUUUUCCAUCUCCGUUGAAGAAGAGCAACAAAUCACAUCUCUGCGCGAGUAUGUCACUCCCAUUCGAGACUUUCUCGAAGUAUUUCCAGACGAAUCCAAGAGUUGGGAUGAGCAAAUGAGGGAGCUGGCCAAUGCAGCAAAAGAUAUUCUAGAAUAUCUUGUUCUGGAAAAAGUUUUUUUGCCUUGCGAUAAUGAGUUUGAAUCCAUGUAUACUGGAAAAUACAAACUCGAGCUGGAAAAUGCUAUCGACGAGACUUGUUUGAAGCUGGACGAAGUGAGGGAAGAGUUUCCGAAAGAUUCCUCAGACAAAGCCAAAGCUGACAGAUUGAAAGACCGAAUCAGGGACAUAACAAAUGAAGUGGGAGAUAUCCGAAAGCUUUACAGCUGGGAGAAAACUCACACUCGUUUUCGAGACAAGUGGAGAUUUUUACCAGCAGAGCUUGCCAAAUUCGAGUCCAAACUCCAGUUUAUACACCACUUGAACAAGAGAAGGGAUGAGAUUGAUUCGAUCAUGGAGGAGGUGAAGGCCAUCAAGAAUGAUAGCAAUGCAACCACUUCAUCAACUACACCAGUUGAUGAUUUAGUUGGCUUCCAUCAUGAUGAUGUUGAUGGCUCGAAGAGCCAUCAAAGUGCAAAACAUGAGCUCCAGCUGGAAAAAGUUACGGAGGAGAUUGCUUUGAUUUCUGCAAAACUGAAGAAUACAAAGGUUAUUUCCAGAAGCAAAGAAGUUCAACAUUCUCCAAAUUAUUCGACUCUCAGUCCUUCAUCAACUGCUCCACCCAUCCACAAAAGUUCCAUGGUCGGUUUUGAUGAUCACAUGAUGAACAUCAAGGACCGGCUCUGUGGAAAUCCAUCCAAGCUCCAGGUCAUACCGGUGUGUGGUAUGGGGGGCAUCGGAAAAACUACCCUCGCCAGAAAUGUUUAUGACGAUAAGCUGAUUAAGGAGAAUUUCACCAUUCGUGUUUGGGUUACAGUAUCACAGGAUUACAGUGCACAGAGAAUUCUUUCAAACCUUCUGGAGUCCCUUAAGGAAUACAACAACCAAAGUGGAAAGAAAGAAAGCGCUGACAUAAAGGUGUACCAAAUUUUAAUAGGCAGGAAAUAUUUAGUCGUGAUGGAUGACAUCUGGAGAAGCGAGGCAUGGGAUAUUGUUAGGAAUGUGUUUCCUGAUAAUGGUAACGGAAGCCGUAUCAUGCUAACUACAAGGUUGUACGAUGUGGCUUCUUAUCCUGGUCCGUCAAUCAAGCCUUAUGAGUUGGGUUUACUGGAUGAAGUUCAGAGUUGGAGCUUACUUAAGGAGAAGGUGUUUGCAAAUCAAGUUUGUCCUUCCGAUUUGGAGAAUAUUGGGAAGGAUAUUGCAAGAAGCUGCAAAGGGUUGCCCCUCGCAAUCGUAGUGAUUGCAGGACUUUUAUCUACAGUCACUAAGAAUCCAGCUUCGUGGAUGGAGAUUGCGGAAAUGGUGAAGUCUGCAAAAACAGCAGAGCAAGAGCAUAUUGAAGAUAUACUAUCUUUGAGCUAUGUGGAAUUACCUCAGUUAUUGAGGCCAUGUUUCUUGUACAUGGGUUCAUUUCCUGAAGAUCAAGAGAUAUAUACCUCGAAACUCAUUAGAUUAUGGAUAGGUGAGGGCUUUCUCAAAUUUCCGAUCAACACCAAGAGUUUUGAAGAAGUGGCUGAAGAGUGUUUAGAGGAACUUGUGAAGAGAAACCUUGUUUUUGUAACAAAAAGGAAAUGUGAUGGGAGAGUUAAAAGUUGCAGCCUCCAUGAUUUGAUACGGGAGCUGUGUAUAAGGAAAGCUCAUGAAAGUAAGUUUUUUCUGAAUUUGAUGGAUGAGGAUGCUGAAAAGGAGAAGUUUAUGGAUAGCAUAAAAAAUCAGCGUCAGGUAAGUACUUAUAAUCUAAGUUUCUUUUCUAGCUAUGGUGGAUCGACUAUCCAUUCCAUUAAAUGCUUCAAGUAUCAUAUAGUAGAACUGGACUUUGUCGAAGGAGUUAGAUUGGUUAGGGUGUUGGAUGCUGAAGCUGCUGAUGUGGAGUACUUGCCAUCUCAAUUAUUUGAGCUAUUUCAUUUGAGAUACCUUGCUGUUAGAUAUAGUCAUAGUAUCCCUAGAAUCUUAUCAAACCUUCAAAAUCUGCAAACCUUAAUCAUUCGUGCAGAGAAGAGAGACAAGUUUGGAGUUGCAGUAUCUUGUGGGAUGUUGGUGCCAUGGUGCAUGCAACAACUACGACAUGUUUACUUUCAGGGGGAGAUUUACUUUGAUGAUCCCAAAGAAACAACCUGUUCACUAGAAAAUUUGCGCACGGUUUCGUUUGUUAACAGUACAUGUUGUAGCGAGCAGAUCCUGAAAAAGAUCCCAAACCUUAAAAAGCUGAAGAUUGAUUGUUCUCGGGGUCGAGAUGCAGGUUGCCUGAAUGAUCUGGUACAUCUGCAUCGACUUGAGUGUUUGGAAGUAUAUGCUGGUCGUUGGGUUGGAUCUUGGCCCAAGAGCUACAAUAUUACUUUUCCGGAGAUGCUCAAAAAGUUGACUCUGAGGGAUUUAAAACAUUCUUGGAAUGACAUGAUUGUUGUUGGUUCAUUGCCAAAUCUUCAAGUGCUUAAGCUGAAUGAUUGCGCUUGCAGUGGUGGCACAUGGGAAACAACUGAAGGUACAUUUCCAGUGUUGGAAGUUCUUCUAGUUGAACGCUCAGGGUUCAAGAACUGGAAAACUGAAUGUGGCCAUUUCCCCAUGCUCAAACGCCUGCUACUUCAUUCUUGUUGGGAUCUCAACGAGAUUCCAACAGAUAUUGGAGAUAUUCCAACUCUUCAACUGAUUGAGGUUAAGGGUAGUGUGAAGAAGUCUUUAUUGGAGUCAGUUGAACAGAUAAGAGAGGAACAAGAAGAAAUGGGAAACAACACCCUUCAAGUUGUCUGCAUUGCUAAGUCGUCUACACAUUGAAGUUAUUAUUCCAAUGAGGUAUUUUUCGAUCCCUUUUAUAGUUAAGUUAUAUAUCAUGACAUUAUCGGAGCAUUUGUUUUUCUAAGGCAUGUGCUUGAAAUUUACAUGUAGACCUUGUCUUAUAGCCCCUUGUCAGGAGACUAUGAUGAGGAGGAGGAUGACUAUGGCGACGGUGAUGGACCUUCCUCAUGAUUAAAAUUCAAAUGGGUCAGAGGAUGGAAAUGUGUCAAGUGUGUUAAAGCUUUAUCCAAGAGACUUUACUGAAGAGGUUUUCUAAGAUUAUGUGUUAUGGAACUUGUUUCAAUUUGUUUAAUCGUUCUGUGAUUGAAUGUUAAUAUGGUGUGUUAUAUUAAUAUGUUCUUAUUAUUGUUUAGAAGUACCAUACUACAUCCUUUCCUCGAAGAGUGUUAGCAUAGUGUACUUUCUAAUGCUACUUUUCCAAAACAUCAUAAAACUAAUCUCAUUUUACAUGAAAACACUAAAUAGACCCAUAGUCAGGAAAGAUAGUAUUUAUGUUGCAAUAUCAUUCUAUGAAAUAGUAAGUUACUACUAUAUUAAAUUCGUGGAGCAGAAAUCAUUUGUGGUUUUAGGUUCAUAGGAUAUUACGAAGUUCUAACCUGGGGAGGAGUGAGCUCAUAUCAAUCCCCAAACAUUCAUGUUCCUCCUCUGUGUCCUUUAACUCAAUGCAAUUCCUCCAACACCUACUGGGUACACGGAAUCCAAGCCAAGUUGCUCUAGUGGCAACCAGCGCUGGAUAUCCGUGUCCCUUUCCCAGGUGGUCGCGUGUUCGACCCCUGGUAGACGCAAACAAUUUCACCCUUCCUCCUUAUAUAGGAGUUAAAAAAAAAAAAAAAAAAAAAAAAAAACA